AUGGUUGAUGUAAUUUCGACCAGUGUGACUGAUGACAUUUUGGAAAGACUUUGCUCUAGUGGUACAGCUGUGGCUCAUGGACUAACUUUUAUGGCAACACUGAUCAAGACAUCAUGUCACAAAAGGGUCAAAUUUGAUGAUAAUUCAGAAUAUGGCAAGCCAGGACUUGGUGAAGGUGGGAAAUCAUCAUCAUCAUCAAUACAA